GGGCCUUGGCCCGCUUCAGGAUAAUCUUUAGAUCUCCUUAUACUUCCAUGGUUAUGUGAAGUCUCAAACUCAAACGAUUCUACUUGGAAGACGCUGGUUUUGCUUUUCAAGCCCUUACAACAGGAGGAACAAUGGGAUUUAUCAUGGAGUUUGCGGAGAACUUGAUAUUGAGGUUGAUGGAGGAUCCGAAGGAGAGAGACCGCAAAACGAGGGAGCACUUGUACAAGAUGAAGGCCGCAGGGAAGAGGUUUAUGGAUGAUAAUAGCUUGCCUAUUCGUCCGUACGGGUUCUGGACUUUCGAGCGUCACAAUGCUCAGCUGCGAUGGGAUCCUCAGAUCAGCCAUGCUUCUGGAAGGAGGGACCCCUACGAUGAGGUCCUUGAGCAGACCUACAAAGAUGCAUCCAAGUGAAUGCAAGAAAAUUCUAGAGCCAUUAGCGGGUGGAUGUCUCUGAAUUGGUGGACAUUUGAAUGUAAUCCUGUCGUAAACUAUGAUGAUGUAUGCAACAGAAUACUGGUUUGUGAUUUUGUGAAUGUUCCAAACUGGUUCAUGAGUUUAAAUAAUUUGUCCAUGUAACACUGCUAUCGUGGAAUUCGUCUUCCUUUAAAGAUGUUUGAUUGUCGUUACCUAAAUAUCGUAUUAGUUGAGUAUAUCUGCCUAUUACCAUUAAUU